CAGCUCCUGGGCUGGUUGUACUCGGACUGCGAGCGGGCGUUGUUGUUACAAGGUCUGCCAUUUUGAUUAGAAGCACUUCGCGCAGCAGAUGGUGUGAGUUAGGCCUUCUGGAUAUUAUUGUAGUACUUUAAAUUAAGGCUACAUUCCCGCAGGAAAAUGCUUUCUGCCGCCCAGUUACUCGACGAGUUGAUGGGUCGAGAUAGAAACUUGGCCCCUGACGAGAAGCGAUCCAACGUACGGUGGGACGACGAGAGCGUCUGUCGGUACUAUUUGUGUGGCUUCUGCCCUGCUGAGUUAUUCACAAACACCCGCUCUGACUUGGGUCCAUGUGAGAAAAUCCAUGAUGAAAAUCUUCGAAAAAUGUAUGAGAAAAGUUCUCGCUUCAUGAAGGAGGGUUAUGAGCGAGAUUUCUUGCGCUAUCUGCAGUCACUACUGGCGGAAGUGGAGCGGCGGAUCCGCAGAGGGCAUGCCCGGCUUGCACUUUCCCAGGCUCAGCAGAAUGCAGGGGGCCCUGGUCCAUCAGGAAAGAAUGAGGAGAAAGUCCAGGUUCUAACAGAGAAGAUCGAAGACCUGGUUGUGCAGAUUGAGGAACUGGGCUCUGAGGGCCGAGUGGAGGAGGCCCAGGGAAUGAUGAAACUGGUGGAGCAGCUGAAGGAGGAGAGGGAACUACUCAGCUCCACCCCCUCGACCAUCGAGAGCUUUGCCGCCCAGGAGAAACAGAUGGAAGUGUGUGAGGUGUGUGGGGCCUUCCUCAUUGUGGGCGAUGCACAGUCCCGAGUGGACGACCACUUGAUGGGGAAGCAGCACAUGGGCUACGCCAAGAUCAAAUCCACUGUAGAGGAGCUCAAGGAAAAACUGCGCCGUCGCUCUGAAGACCCUCAGGGUGAAAACCCAGCCCUCAAAAGAGAACGAGAAGAGCGGGAACGGGAGAGGGAGGAAAGGGAGAAAAAGCGCAAAGAGGGGGAAGAGAAGGAGAAGGAGCGCGAAAAAGAGCGAGAGAAGGAGAGGGAACGAGAGAGAGAGCGAGAGCGUGAAAGGGAGAGAGACAGAGAAAGAGAGAGGGAGAGAGAACGGGACAGAGAAAGAGACAGAGAGAGGGACAGGGAGAGAGACAGAGAGAGGGAUAGGAGGGCACGUCGAAGCCACUCCGGCAGCCGCCAUUCCAGUCGGGCAUCGGACAGGAAACGGAGUAGAUCCCGCGAUCGCCGGAGGUCCAGGAGCAGAGACAAGGACAGGGACAGGGAACGCAAACGCAGCAGGAGCCGGGACAGAGAGAGGAGACGCAGCCGUGAACGCUCCGACAGGAAACGCCGCUCCCGAAGUCGUGACAGGAGGAGAUCGCGUAGCUCAGAGCGCAAAUCUCACCGCCACCGCAGCCGUAGCCGCAGCAAGGACCGGGACAGGGAUCGGGAAAAGGAGAGAGACAGAGAGCGGUCCUCAAAAGACAAAGACCGUAAGGGUACAGAGGAGAGGAGCAGCUCUAAGAAAGACAAGCACUCUGACGGAGAUGCAGCCGCCAUCAAGUCUUCUUCAGAAGCGGAACCGAUGCAGACGGAGGCGGCUGCCUUCUCCCCUCUGCUAAACGGCCAGCAAGAGCUCCUCCAUUCUGAAGGUGACACUCAGUCCAAUUAAAACUGAUCUGAUAGGACCUCAGAUCAGGCUCAGGUAAGUGCGUCCUCCUCCUCACACCUCCCCUGGCUCUCAACCCAACCCCCUCCACCCUCCCCUCUCACGUCCCCUCCCCUACCCACCUCUCCCAUCUCCCUUUACCCACCCUCUCACCCCUGCUCUCCCACCCUGUUUAUGUUCAGUUCACUGCCUAUGAUUUUGUCUUAUGUACUAUAUGCAAAUAUCUUUAUCCUGUUUUUGAAUAGUGCAUCAUAAGUAUGCACUGAAGAUGAAGGACUAGGCCCGAUGAAUGAGAAGAAGGUAGAAAUCAUUCACACAAAGCCAAGAGGGAAAGGCCAGUGUAGUCCUGAGCAAACAUGCCCAGAGGUACCCCUCGUUUUGUAUCGGUUUUUGAUCCUUAUAGAUGUAUAUUUGUCUUUGUGGACAAAAUGGCAGAAAAAGUUAACCCAUCCAGUCAAGAUUUCCUGCCUGUAUUUACUUGUUUCUUUUAUUUAUUUAUUUUUAUAUUUAUCUUUUUUUAUUUUUAACUUUGAAGUAGCAAAAUGUAAUAAUUGCUAUUUGUUGCUGUAAUAAUCCAUAUAGGGAGGAAAACCAGUCACUGUGUGUGUACAUGUUUCCAUUUAAAAACCUUGGAGUUUUCUCCUGCUCAUAUGUAAACGCACAGCCUGAACAAACAGCCUUCGUCAGAGUUUUUUUUUUUUUUGUCACAAAGCUAUUUAUUUUGCCAUAUUUAUAACUCAAUUGCCAUGGAUUUGUUGUCCAGCGUACUGUGCCUGAUGAUGCCAUGCCAGUGUGUGUUUGGGGGGUGUUAAAGCACCGGGGGGCCUAACGUAACCUAACUAACUGGAGGGUAGGGUUUAUCGAAUGAAUUGCAGCUGACUUCCAUACCUCACACAGCGUUGGUGUUGUGAGCGAGACCACAUGAGAAAAGGGCAAAUUAAAAAUCAUGGAUACUCUCUGACUCUCAAACUGUGCAGGUACUCACCCCAGGUACUCCUUUCUCUACCCACAUCCAUUUCUGAAUGCUGUUGCCUGUCAAAAAAAAAAAAAAAAAAAAAAGCAAAUUGUGUACUUCUCCAGAACACGAACUUGAAAGCUUGAUUGUGUGACAUAUAUUUUUAAUUGUGCCUUCUUUGUUUUCCUAUUUGUUAACUUUCAAACAUGUUUGGGGAGAAUGUGCGAUAGGAUUGUCAGAGACACACAGAUGCACAGACAGCCUGCCUCAUAUUCCUUUGCCAAAUUGGAAACCAUUGCUGAUGUGUGCUUGGUGCUUUGGCUGUUUUAAAAAUUUAAUUUGCUCAGGUGUUUGUAAUUUUACACUUAAAAAAGAACAUAUCAAGUGCAUUUUCUCUUUGGCAAAGCAGAUAUUGUAGUUUUGACACUAAGUUCAGGUUUAGACUUGAGGCAGCUCUUGAAGAGCUUCUUUAAAUUGCAAACUUGUGCAAAAUGUACAGAAAACAAAAUAAUCUCAGGGAAUUUUGGCCAAAUGCAGUCAAGACUUCAAGUGUCUGUUGUGCUAGUAAAUGGAUAGCUUUGUGCAUUAUUAGCAGUGUCUCUUGAGGGAAAUUUGACUUGUAAAUGAUUUUGUAAAUUGUUGUUUGAGUGGCAGCAGUCGUUGCUACAAGCGGAUGUUGUGGGACCCUGGCUAACAUUGCAUUUUGUGGACGUUUCUUUAUGCUCAACAGGGGAAGCUGGAAUAUCUGGUUGAGGAAGAAGUUGAAGAGUGCACCCAUCCCUACCCUGAACCUGAUACUUCGCUGCUUAAAAACAAGGUGAACCACAAAUGUGUAAUAGCUUAUUUAAAGAAACAUGAAAAUAAAUUAAAACACAUAAAAUUGAGGAGAGAGGACAGAAUGCAUCGAUUUUUCUUGUUCCAUCAUCUGUCCAUCUUUUGGCUGGAUAAGGAUAGUUGUGGUUCAUCUGUUUAUCUGAUUUUACUGGUCAAGAUGUCAGCCAGACAUCACUUAACAAACCAAACUUAGAGAAACUCUUUAUGGAUUUUUGUUUUUUAUUUUGAAACUCUUUCCACAUCCUCCGUGUUUCUUGGCAUUUAGUGAAAAUAAAAUAAAAUGAACAGUGCUUGUGGUUUGUAUUGAUUUGUCAGGUUCUACUUCACUUCCUGACCUCCUUUUUUUUUUUUUUUUUUUUUUUUUUUUUUUUAAAGUCAGUUGAAGCGUAUGUACAGUGUUAGACCUUUUGAGACGAGCAGUGUCUUUUUUUCUCCUCUACUUUAGAGCUCAUUUUGAUCGCUCUUGUCCCAAAACUGUAAAAUACUCUUGAUUUAAUUUUGAUCAAUUUUGGAGAUUUAAGAUUUGUUUCUUUUUUUGCCCUGCUUUUAUUGUCCAUGUUGUACCAUGAUGAAUAAAAAGCAAAAUCUUGUCAAGA